AUGCUGCAGCUGCUGCAUUCUCGCCAGCAGCAGCAGCAGCAGCUGCAGCUGCUGCUGCAAGUGCAGCAGCAGCCGCAACAGCAGGAUCCGGAAGGCGGAUGGAAGGCUCCGAGUAUCAGUGCUGCACCUGUUGACCUGCUUCUGCUGCAGCUCCUGCCGCAGCCCUCGCUGCUGCUGCUGCUGGGGACAGUGCAGCAGCAGCUGGUGUCAGCUUUCGCGGCUCCAGCCACAGCACCAGCAGGCCCCAGGCAUAAGCGCGCUCCAGAAGAAGUGUCUUUUGCUGUUGCUGCUGCUGCAGCUGACCUGGCUUCUCAACAGCAAAGACAUGCGCAGCAGCAUGCGGCGUUGCAUGCAGCCGCCGCCGCAGCAGCAGCAACUGCAAGAGCCCUCAAGGGUUGUUCUUGCUCUUGUUGCAGCCGCAGCAGCAAAGCAGCAACCUUUAUGAUAUCCCUCACUGCGGAUUCUCUGCGAGUCGCAGCAGAAGAAGCUGCAACGUCUCUUUUGAACGCAGGAGCAGCAGCAGCAGCAACAGCAGCAACAGCAGCAGCAACAACACCGACGCCCUGCCUCUGGGAGGCCGCUGGCUCAACUCUCGCAAGAGGCAUUGGCGCGUGCUUCCUCCUGCAGCUACUGCAGCAGGAGCCGCACACGGCUGCUGAAGGCAGCAGCAACAGCAGCCACAAACUGCAGCAGCUUGUGUCGCGCAGGCAGCAGCAGCAGCAGCGGACAGACACCGCGUAUGGCGAAGCUAGGUCCUCGAUAUUAGGAGAUAUUGCUGCUGCUGCUACAGGCGCAUUCGUCACUGCAGCAGAAAAACGUGCAGCAGCAGCAGCAGCAGCUGCAGCGAGCGCUGCCAUUUGCUGCCAUUGCCUUACGGUGCUAGCUGAAGCAGCAGUAGCAGCAGCUGCAGCAGGACACGUUUUGUGUUUAUCUUUCCGAUCCACUCUCACACAGCUGUUUUUUCUAGGGCUGGAUGUAUCCCUGAGAAUUCAUUGGAGUUUCAAAGGCCACUCCAAGACUCACCCGGCAUCACCUGCUGCUCUGCGACUUCGACACGAGCUGCUGCACUUGGGCCGCGCCCUUGUCAUCUGCGGACAGCAGCAGCAGCAGCAGCAGCAGCAGCACUACCAAGCUUGUUGUUCCGUUCACGCUCCGUAUUAUGCUCCGUCGGCUGCAGCAGCUGCUGCAGACCUGUGGCUCAAUGUUGCACUCCAUGCUGACAUUGAAUGUAAUUCAGCUGGGGAGAGGAGGCAGCAGCAGCAGCAGCAAAAGCAGCACAAGCAGCCGCAGAAGCAUUCUCAUCUGCAGCAGCAGCAGCAGCAGCAGCACAGGGAGGUCCUGCGCGCGCUGCUACACACCGCAAGCCUAUUAACAGGCCCCGUAGUUGAAAGCCAUUUCUUCAUGUUGCGCAGCAGCAGCUUUGUAAGUGGUGAUGCUGCCCAUACUCACCUCCCAGCGGAUGCUGCUGCUAGCUCGUUGCCCCGUCCCCUGUUACAGCUGCUUCAGCAGCAGCAGCAGCAAGAACAGCCGAAGCAGCAGGAGGACCCUUCCCAAAGUCACGCCGAGCGAAGGCUGCAGCAGGCUGCAGAUACAUGCGCUUUGGCAGCAACGUUCGCUUCUGCUUGUCAAAGAGCAGCGAGCGGCGGCAGCGCCUGUGAGGCGUUGCGGUGCCUUCAUGCAGUUACGGACUGCAGCAGCAGCAGCAGCAGCAGCAGCAGCAGCACAAGUAACGGCAUUGCUAGCCCUGCUCAGGAGGCCAAGAAGGUUCUUAAAUCAGCUGCAGCAGGCGGAGCGGCAGUAGUUCCUAUUGCGCAUGCACUCCAGAGGCAGCAGCUGUCGCAGAGCCCGAAGCCGCCACAGCAGCAACGGUGGAACUUCGGGUGCAUGCAGCCGCAACAGCAGCAGCAACAGCAGCAGCAGGAGCCCUUCCCUAUUGCCCCGGCCGCAAUCACAUCUCUGCUGCAGCAGCUGCUUGACGCUGUUCCGGCUGCAGCGCAGAGCAGCAGUUUCGUGGGGGCUCUGCUGCAGGUUUUUGUGUUGCUGUUCUCCAAAGAAGAGAAGCAGCAAAGGCAGCAGCUGCCGUUCUUGCGACAGCAGCAGCAGCAGCAGCUACUUCAAGGCCACAAGGGGCAGGACGAGCAAGACGAACAUGUCAAGGAGCAACAGCAAGAUACGCCUCCGAAUUCCACUGCCCUGCUGCAGCUGCUGCUGCAGCAGCUGCUGCACUCAUGGGCUGCGAAGGGAGUUGCUGGACUGGCGCUCUGUCUCUUUGGCGCUCUUCUACUCGUUGAUGUGGACCAGCAGCAGCAGCAGGAGCUGCAUCAACAGAAGCUGCAGCAGCAACAACAGCAGCAGCUGGUAGAAACCGAAGAAAACUAUAUAGUAGAGACCCCGCUGCUGCAGCAGCGAGUACAUUUGCUGUCUCUGGAGCUGCUUCUGCUAAUUUUAGAAGGAGCUGCUGCAGCACGCCGACGCUCUCUGGCGGCCGGAGAGGACGCAGCAGCAGCAACAACAGCAGCAGCGACUAGCGAGUGGCGACAGCUGCAACCAGAUGUGGCAGCUCAGCUGCAGCAACUGCAGCAACUGCAGCAUCAGCAACUCAAGUCGCUGCAACCGAAGCUCCCGACACAGCAGCAGCAAGCCCUUAAUGCUGCUUUUCUUGCUGCACGGUCAACACAGCAGCAGCUUCUGCAGCGCUGCUGGCUGAUGCUGCUGCGAGAGUCUUUCAGCAGAUCGGGGAAGUGUUCCGAAGCAGCAGCAGCUGCUGCUGCACCUUUGCUACUACAGGUAAAAGUGCCUCAGAUUUUCCAGUCUGCUGCUACUGUACGGAGCGCAACACUGGAGUUGACGAGGCUUCAGCUGCUGCUGCAGCAGCAGUCGCAAGCAUUCGUGCCGCUGUUCAGCUGCAGCAGCAACAGUAGCCCCCAGCGAGCUGCUGCUGCUGCAUUUGCUACUAUUGCUGCUAAGCAGCAGCAGCGUUCUUUGAACAAGAGCGAGACAGCUCAUGAGCAUCAAACGCCCGAUUUUGAGGCAGCAGCAGCAGCAGAAGAUGCAGCAGCAGAUAACUCGUCCCAUGCAGUCAAGACCACGCACGAGACAGCACAGGAUAUAAGGAAUCCUCGCGCAGCAACAGCAGCAGCAGCUGCAGGAUCAGCAGCAGUAGCUGCUUUUGGAACUGCGGUGGCAGUGGUGCUGCUGGCAGCAGAACUGUGGGGGUCGGCUCUUCUUACUCUGCAAAAGCAGGAAAAGCGACAGCAGCAGCAGCAGCAGCAACUGUACUCGAGCCGCAGCAGCUCUUUCAGAGGGCUUCAAGGCUCUGAAGCAGCGCUGCAGCGCACAUGCGUGGUUGCUGCAGCAGCUGCUGCAGCUGCUUUCAGAGACGGGACGUUUCUUCUGCUGCAGCAGCCGCAGCAGCAAUUGCUGCAGGUGACUACACAGGGUAUGCCUUGGGCCGUGGCGUGGCUGUGGGCAGGAAUUGUUGCUGCUGCACUGGCUGUGACUGCUGCUGCUGCAAAGGGGCCGCUUCACCUGCAGUCUUGCUGCUGCGGCCGACCAAGUGAAGCAGCAGCAGCAGCUGCACCAACAGGGAAUGGCUGGGACUGGCUGCGGGCGUGUUGGAUAUCUGGGGCGCAGCGAGCGCUGCAGCAGCAGCAGCAUGCGUGCGCGGAAGGCGAAUGUCUGCUGCUGCUGCUGCAGCAGCAAAUCCCAGCAGCAGCAAUGAUACCCACGUUUUCUAGCGCUGCCCUCGACAGCCCCGUAGGCCCUUCUCCGGAUUUGCUGCUGCGCAUUGCUGGCCAAACAAGUUGUGCUGCUGCUGCAGCUUACGGGCCGCUGCUGCACAUGCAGCAGUGGCGAGACGAGCUGCUGCAGAACAUGUCGCGGCAGUUAGAUCUACCCGGGCUGCUGCUGCAGCAGCAGCGGCUGCUGUUGCAGCCGCAAGACAAAGUCGUGCAGCAGGGCCACCGCGCUUGCGGGGGGAAGAGGGAAGCCUUUGCUGCGCAGCUUCAGCUGCUCCACCAGCAGCAGCUGCUGCUGCAGGAGCAGCACGCGAGCACAAGGCGCAGCACGCUUCGCUACAGCUUAGAAACCCUAGCCACUCAAAUGUGGGGCCGCGCAGCAGGGCCAUCAACAGCAGCAGCAGCUGCUGGUGGCGCUCGUGCUGCUGCUGGAGAAUCAGACUUGCCUGAGCUGCUCGACGCCUCCGCAGACGACUGCAGCAGCAGCAGCGGGCCCUGCUGCUGCAGCAGAGACAGCAGCUGCGCCAGCAACACGGCUUCAGCAGCAGCAGAAGCGACACUGUCCCUCCCUCUGGCCUACUUGCUGCUGUCAAAGUUUGCGGCGCGCAGCGGUGCCACGGCGACUCUGCAGCUAGGGCUGGAGCAGCUGCAGCGCAGCAGCAUUCUUGGGGGUCCUGUUUCUGCGGGGCGGCUGGACAGCGCCUUGCUGCUCUUCACAGUCCUUCGCUGCUGCCUUUCUGCAGCUGCUUGCUGCUGCUGCUGCUGCUGUCCACAGCAGCAGCAGCAGCGCGGCACGGCCUGCUGCUUGGCCCUCCAGGGUGGAGCCUCCAUUCAGCACUUGCUGCUGCAGUGCAACAGCACAUUUGCUGCUGAGCAACAGGCGCUGCUGCGUGGUAAAGGGGCGGUGUCUGGCGCGCACAUGCAACGGCUGCUGCUGCUGCGGUGUACAUACACUGCAGUUUGCUGCUUCCUUCAGCGCCCACCGAAGGAAGGCUGGCUGCGCCCGUGUGAAUGCGCUGAUGUCAGAGCAGCGGCAGGAGCUGCUGCAGCUGCUGCGGCUGCUGCUCUCCCUGCAGGUGCGUUUUGGCGAGCACCAACUAGAAGCCCAAGCGGCAGCAGCAGCAGCAGCAGCAGCCGCGCGUGCUUCUGCUCCCCCAAGCAGCGACUUGCGAGCCUUGCGGAGUCAAUGGCCUUCAUUGCAGACAUACUAGAGCCGAUUAAGCUCGACAGCAGCAGCAAAAGGAACACCUGCUGCAGGAACUGCUGCAGCUGCCGCAUGAGCAAGUGCUGCAGCACUCUCUGCAGCGAAUCAACCAAGGGUUGCUUUAAUUGCUGCAGCAGCACCAAACGUGUAUCGCGCCGGCAGCAACUACCCACUGCUGGUGUUCCUGGCUGCAGCAGCAGCAGCUCUUGCUGCAGCUGCAGCAACUCAUGCGUCAUUAAACAAAAGGCCCCCCCUGUUGCUGCGCUUCUACGGCUGCUGCUGCUAGAGGAAAUAGAGCGCCUUGCCGCGGCCUUUUGCUAUGUCGUGCCGCAAAUUGCUGCUGAUGCAGCAGCAGCAGCAGAAGCAACUGCAGCGGCCGCUGGAGCAGCAUCUGUUGCGGUGGAAGCAAGAGCCGCAGCAGCAGCUCAGGCUGCCAGCAGCGGCAGCAGCAGCACUAGUACAUCCGUAGAAAGUGUCACACCUCAUAGGCUUUAUAUACUGGAGCUUGCAAUGCGUGCAGCAGCGGAUGCUGCAUCCUGUGCUGCUUCGGCAGUUCAGUGGCCCCCUGCUGCAGUUGCUCCACACAGGGACUUGUGGCUGCUUCGACGCCUUCUGCAGCAGCAACCAGCGACAGCAGCAGCAGCAGCAGUCAGGCGCAGCAGCAGCAGCAGAGGUGCCUCAGCUGACAAACAGACGCAGGGGCCGAAAAGGAAGCAGAAGAGACGCAGAGAGCUGAGCACAGACUCUGCAGCAGCCGCGGGUGGAGCGACAGCAGCAGCAGCAGCAGCAGCAAACAUGCUGUUGGAUGCCCCAGUGUCUCUUGUUGCUGCAGCAGCUCAACGACUGCAAGCUUUUCCCUUCUUUGUUGCUGCUGCCGAGACAUGUGCUGCUGCCGUUGCAGCAGCAGAUGACCCCACGCUGGCAGUGAGAGAGGUGCUGCUGCAGCAGCAGCAAACGCCUGCCGGUGGUGCUGCUGCUCUGUGGCGCCUGCUGCUGCUGCUGCUGCAGCAACAGGUGGUGGACUGUAUACGGCCUUCACUCGUAGCAGGGAACAGCCACAUUUACGGGCCUGCUGCAGAGACACCGCAGCCCUCCCAGAAGGAGCGGCAGCGCCACAAGCAACAGCAGCAGCAGCAAAUGCAGCACGCGCAGCAGGUGCGGCCUCUGCCGGCACUGGGUCUGGUCAUACGUUCUCUUCUUUACUGUUCCAACUCUUUGCCCGUUCAUGGUUUGCUGCUGCUACUGCAGCAAAGCACGGCAACAGCCCUUGCGGCGGCCUGCUGCAUCAGCAGCAGCAACAGCAGCCGCACAAACAACAACAGGCGCCGCAGCAUAGACAAAUCAGCUGCUGUCAGUGAGGUUGCGGCUGUUGGCCCUAUUCAGAUUCUGCGUGCUGCAGCCUGUCAGGUGCUCAUGCUCAGCAGCAUCAGCAGCAGCAGCAGCCAUAGCGGCAGCAGCAAAGUACAGGUGACGCAGCAGCAGCAUCUGUUCUCUUUCCUGCAGCCCCAGCUGCUGCAGGCGCUUCGCGUAGACCCGGGGAGAGCUCUGGAGGUUGCCCUUAUUGCUGACUUCUGCAGCCACCAGCAGCACCACCCGCUGCAGCAGCAGCAGCAAGGCGGCGGACUUAAAGACAGAGACAAAUGCACCUACAGGCAGCUGUCGCUGGCCAUGCAGAUUGACUCUGCUGCGAAUCUAGAGGGCAGCGACCCCCUCGCCGCAAAAGCCAAGCAGCUGCGAUGGGAGCUGCUCCGUUUGAUGGGCGCGGGAGCUCGCGAUUACUUGGAGCGCCAGCUGCAGUAUUGGAAGACUGUUAUAGGGCUGAGUGGGCAAGCAGUGAACCUUCCCCCAUCUGCGCGUAAGGCCUUUUUUGUGCAGCGAAUUCGAGAGCUGCAGAAGACGAUGCCGUGCGAGGGCUUUUGGCUGCUGACAGAAGAAGUCAAAAUUGCCCGGCCGUUGCCUGAGUCGGCAGAGGCGAUGCAAUCAGCAGUGAAGGCUCCCUUCCUCUUGUCUUUUGAAACUGCUGGAGGCGCAGAUAAGCGCUCCUGCAUUUUUAAACUGCUUGACGACCUGCAGCAAGACGCACUCGCCGUACAGGCAACUAGGAUGUGUCUGUCCGCGCUAACGCUAGCUGGGGAAUCUUCUUGGCUGCGGCCCUACGGCGUCACUGCUGUCAUUCAAAGGGCAGAUACAGCAGGGCAGCAGCAGCAGAAGCAGCAGCAACGAUGCAGGAGCAGCAGCAGCAACUGUGACACGGCUCACGGCUUUCCCAGUUCUUCCGCAACAGAUGCGGCAGAGUCUGUAGCAGCAGCCGCUCCUGCUGACAGCAGCAGCAGCAGCAGCAGCAAAAGCAGCAGCCUGCCUGUAGUGCCCGACGGGCUCCCAUCCGAUUCGCCUGCUGGUGCUAAAGGCGCAGCAGGCUCUGCGGCAGCAGCAGACUUUCCAUCCGCAACAGCAGUGGCAGCCUCAUCAUCUGCUGCAGUAGCGUCACAGUCGUCAGCAGCAGCAACUGCAGCAGCAGCAGCAAGAGGGCGAGGCACAGGCUGCCAGUUUGGGGGGGCCGUUUCUGUUGUCGACAAUGCCUACAGCCGCCACCAGAUUGGAAAGACUUUUGGUUGUUCUUUGGUUGAGUUUUUUACGCUGGCCUUUCCUAGGGGCAGCAGAGUCGGCAGCAGCAGCAGCAGCAGCAGACGCAGCAGUCUCAAACGCAGCGCCACAGCGACAUUGGCGGCCGACGGAGAUCCGCGAAAUGCAGCGGCAGCAGCAGCAGCUGCUGCUGCUGCGGCAGCGGCAGCAGCAGCUGCAGGCAGGGGUUCUCCAGUGGGACUGGCCGAUAGCAGACAAUUUUUAGGAGGCACCGAGGAUAGUGAUAUUGACGAGCUGCAGCAGCUGCAGCAGCAGCAACAGCAUCAACUGCAGCCAGCGCUGCAACAACCUGUGGGAAGCCCGCAGCAGCAGCAGCAGCAGGAAGAGCUGCUCCUGAGCCAAAGGCCUAGCCGCAUACCUUUGGAAGUUGCAACACAGAACUUCGCCGACUCCUUAGCUGCGUAUGCUGUUUUCAGCUACCUGCUGCAGGUGAAAGACCGGCACAACGGGAACGUGCUGCUGUCGGUGCGUUCGGGGCGUUUGCUGCACAUCGACUUUGGCUUUAUGCUGGCGAUGUCACCUGGGGGAGAUAUGGCCUUCGAAAGAGCUCCUUUCAAACUCACUGCGGAAAUGGCCAAUCUCCUGGGCAAGGAACACGGCGUGCUCUUCAGGGACUUCUCCACCAAAUGCAUCCGCGGGUUCCUGGUGCUGCGGGAGCAAGCGGACGACUUCAUUGCCCUCUUUGAUGCAAUGCAGCUUUCUCGAAUGGCCUGCUUUAAACCCUCUGCCGUAGAAAACCUCAGGUCCCGUUUUCAACUGCACCUGUCUCCGCUGCAAGCCGCUGCCUUCAUGGAGACAAAAAUAAGAGAAGCUCUCCAAUCAUUCACGACAAGGGCUUACGACCUGGUGCAGCAGCUGCAGCAGGGCAUUCAACACUGA